UAGUGUUCGUUUCGUUUUCGUCUUCAUUAAAGAAGAAUGUAUUGUUAUCACGCUGCGCCUUGGUCCUCCUCACUUAAAUGUUACGACGAACGUGACACUUGCACUCACUCAGUGGUUGACAGGAAGGAUAUGUAAUGGCUUGACAUACAUCACUUAACUUGACUUAAACAACUUGAUCCAUCUCCGGUUUAUUUUACUGACACUGCAAGUUCCUGGACAGUGAUGUUGAAGGAGGAUAUGGAAGAUGAGGCUCACUCCAUGCCUUAAAGGGGCAAUCUGCAGUUGCUAUAUACAUUUUUGGACUUAUACAUAAAUUAUAUGUAUCCAUUAAUUCUUAAAGAAUAUAUCUUAGAAUUUCUUCAUGAGCUUAGUUCAAAUGGAAUACCCCAUCAGAACUCAAAAUAUAAGCUUGUUUUACUCCAGUGUUUGUAAACAAAGUGUAAAUGUAAAUAAACACUAUAUAUCCUCAAAACAUGGUUACAACUAUAAUUUUGAUAUCAUGGAUGGUCAGUCUUGCAUCCAUAGUUCUGUCUAUGAAUUUAAGAGUGGUUACAAUUCUCCAGCCACAUCCCUCAACUUUGACCAAAACAGGAAUCGGGGAGUUCUCUUUUAUUUUUUUAAUGGAUUCAACUGCAGAUUGCCGCUUUAAGAUCAAAAGUCAAACUGUGCACAAGAAGGCCCAUUAUUAAUGAAGCAAGACGAAGGUUGGUCAGAUCAACAAUUCUGUGUAAUAUGUGCCUUUUAUUCUAGGUUAGUGACCUAGAUAAUUUUGAGGCAACAGUUUUACUGAUAUGUUUGUCGUUUCCAUGUAAUGUGUGAAAAUAAAAAUGCUUUGACUUGUGCAUGUCUGAAGAUGAGAAACAUUUAAGAUAAUUUGAACUAAUUGAAGUAUAUGUAUAAUUGUUAUAUUGAAUUUCUAUUAAUAAAGACCAUUCUACUUUAAAAUUGGAAUACACAUCCGUUUAACAUUCACAGACCCCAUUGACGGCACAAAUGAGUAGCUUCUGAGAAUGCAUUUCUUAAAGACAACAGCCUAAUCGAGCAGAUUCCCUUGAUGCGAUUUCAGACAAUCAUCUAUUGCAACCCCUUUAGAUCAUGAAACGUCUAGGCCUCCUCAGACAGGGGGGGCACACGUCAGACCACAAUCAUACGACCUUUGAAACGUCAACAUGGAGAGAACACAUAAGUGAUCAAUACGGUGAAAAUGAAGGCAACAUGAAAACCAUCUGAAGAGUUUCGUGUUGCGGAGGAAAGGAUACUAAUACGUCCUACUUGGUCACUGCGUUUCUAAUCAAUAGCAAUAUCACUGUACAUUUUGGAUCGAAGUUUCUAACAUUGGAGGAUUAACAAAUACUUGCGCGGAUCGUGCCAGUCAGAAAAAACGAACAAAUGUCAAUGUCUCCCUCAAACUGGCUAGCGUGGAUCCCGGUGUGGCUGCCAUUUGACUCCAACCCUUUCGAUUGUGUAUUGCAAGGUCUGGUUGGUGCAUGUGGAAUCUCAGUGUUCUAUAAUCUCAUGAGAGUUCACCUACUCUUUCAGUCAAUCAGCAGUGGUUCUGGAUGUAAUGGGGACAGUAAAGACAAGGGAAGGUCAGAGUCUUCGCCUGCAGCAGGGAACAAGCCGUUGGGGGGACAUGGGUUGAGUGGUGUGCUGCAGUUUUGGUUCCUGACUGGCCUCCUGUCUCUGGUCGGCCCCCGGGUCUCCUCCCUAGUGGUCCUGGAGUUCUCCCUCAGGGCCGUCGCUGCCUGGAUCACUGCAGGACCGGAUGUCCUCUCAGGCAGCACCAAGCUCAUGCUGGUCCAGUGCCAGUUUUCUCUAGGCUGUGCUCUGAGCUGCAGUCUCCACUUCCUCCAGGAGGGGGCUCCCCAUCGCUCCCUCAGCCUCCUGCUGGCGGCUGGCCUCAGCUGGCUGCUGGCGGGUCACUGCCACCUUCUCUGGGGCCACGUCUCCAGGCUCUACCACCUACACAGCUCCCAGCGCUACUGUGGGGUCUGCAUCACCCUUCUGAACUCCGGCCACUCCCUGCUCCCCUCGCUGCAGAGAGCCGUGCUCCUGGCCUUUGCCGUGGCCGGCAUGGCCAGCCUCGCCAACGUGCACCACCACUUCCUGUCCGAGGCGGAGUCUCUGAGGUUCUGGACACCACUGACCAUCUGCUACACCCUGUUGGUGGUCUACGUCCAAGAGGAGCGGAAUCGACGCCCUGGUAGUGAGGCCUUGCUGCACACGGUGGCUUUGCGUCUGGGAGCCCUGCUGGUGCUCAUGCUGAUGGUGGGCCGCUGGACCGACAUGCUCCACAUCCUCAUCACCUUCCUGGGGGAAUUUGUCUGUCUGUUGCCUUCUCAGGACCUCCACCGAGCCCUGCCCCAGGGACGGCGAAAACAUUUCACAGGGGUGCGGGAAAACAAUGGUUUAAACCUAGACAUGUUUCUAAAAAGCCUAGAUAAUAUUUCUGCCAACAUUGGGUGGAAGCAGAAGAAGACAUUCCCAGCAGAUCUGCCCGGCACUCCAGCAGCACACAGCAGCACAUGUCACCAAGGAGAAGCCUGUGCUCCAUAUCAUCAGACAGAGACACACAGAGAGACUAUCAGGCUGCAGAAUACCACAACACAGACCAGUCCUUGUUUCACUCUACCUCAGAUAGAGAAAAAUAACUCUUACAUCAAACACAGCUAUCUACUGGCCUGUCUCACUCAGUGAUAUGUUGAAAUCCAAUAAUGUCCCCAUUUACGCAGACAUAUUCAUCUUUGAUACUGUUUUGUCCCAUAGACGUACACAAUUUUUGUCAUAAAUCAUAGCAAUAUUAAAAUAUGAAUGGUUGUUUAUGACCUUGUUAUGACACUGUGUGGUUUGGACCAGUGAAGGGAGACCUAAACCUGCUUACACAAGGGCACUGAUCUGUUGUUUCUUUCCUCUGUCUUCUCUUGAAUUAUUAACCAGUCUAUUACCACAGUGACAAGGAUGUGGUUGCUAGAGCCACAAAUAUACAGUUUGUUCUCUGGCUAAGUGGCUUAUAUAACACUCUAACUUUAUGGUAUAGAUUUGAGCUGUAGCUAGGAGUUGUAGUCUAUUUAGCUUUACCAGAUGUCCUGAGUUGACUAUUCAAAAUAUAACAAUUGUGAUGAUCAUUUCUAUUAUUUAAGAGGGGUGAGUAUACAGUGAAAGAUAGAAGGUGGUAAGGAAGUGGUUGAGUGGUAAGUAAAAUGGGGGAAUGAUGAGAAGGAGAGGGUUGAAGAUGGGGAUGAACUCAAAGACCAGAGGGAGAGGUGUGUGGUAACUGUUGUCUCUACUGGGUGUACCUUGUCCCUUCAAAAAGUAGUCAUCAGCACACCCAGUUGCGCAAUCCUAGUAGAUUUACAUUUUAGUCAUUUAGCAGAUGUUCUUGUCCUGGGCGACUUACAGUCAAACAGGAAGUACAGACAGGUAUCAUGCUUUAUCAACUAAACGAAAGAGAAAUUAGACCAUUAUUUGGUUAAUGAUGCCAGCGUUAUGUCUAGGGUUUUAAAUAGUUGCGAAUAAAACCAGAUUAAAGUUGAGAACAGCGUUUUAUAUGUGGCCAGGGCCACACAAAUGGUUUCUAAAAUGCAACUCAUGCCUACAUGCCUUUUCUGUCCUUUUAGAAACACACUUGUUGUGAAAUGUUCAUCAUCAUCCUGUUUGUGUUUCCCUUGGAGUCACCCUAUUUGUACUGAAUAAACCAAAAGGCGAUUUAUUUCAAA